UCUGGCAGCACUGAUUCAGGGUACUGGCAACUCUGGUGCACCAAAUGAAUAAACAAAUAAUAUCAAACAAUUAAAUAAACAAAUUAUCCACUCCACAACCGCACUGCAGCAGAUAAGAGAAGCUGGCUGAUCCCCAUCGAUAUCCAGAGGCUAGCCUCGCAGCCAGCAGCAUGGAGGAGCCGUCCGACGAUGAGAACGCCGAGCCCACGCCCAAGAAGAUCAAGCGAGAAUGGGUGAAGAGCUACUCGAACAAGGCCAUGGAGAUGAUGAAGAAGAUGGGCUACGAGAACGACAAGGGUCUGGGCAAGACCAACCAGGGUCGUCUCGAGCCCAUCAUCGCUGUGCAGCAGGAUGGCCGUCGGGGAUUCGGUUUGAAACUGGACUCCAUCCAGUCAGCGGCUGGCCAAUGGGAUCCCAGUAUGGAGGAACUGGAGAUACCAGAACCAGUACUGUGGCUGACAAAUUUGGGAGCCGGUGCGGCCAGCUACUCGCAGGAUCAACUGAUGAGCCACAUUGUGACGGGACCGCGUCAGAGAACCCUAGACGGAGAAACUCGCUACUGCGAUCCGACCAUUCUGCACCACAUCCUCAAUGCCAAGACGGUGUUUGACGAUCUCAACGACAACGAAAAGCGCAGGGCCCGCUCCCGCUGCAAUCCGUUCGAGAUCAUCCGUAGCUCCAUCUUCCUGAAUCGGGCCGCCGUCAAGAUGGCCAAUAUAGACUCCAUGUGCGACUUUAUGUUUACCAAUCCCCGUGACAUUGACGGCCACUCGCAGGUGGCCAAUGAUGAGCUGCUCUACUUUACGGACAUGUGUGCAGGGCCUGGCGGCUUCUCGGAAUACGUGUUGCAUCGAAAAUCAUGGCAGGCCAAGGGCUUUGGUUUCACGUUGCGCGGUGCCAACGACUUUAAGCUGGACAAGUUCUUUGCGGCGUCGCCCGAGCCCUUCGAUGCCUUCUACGGCGUCAAGGAGGAUGGCAAUAUCUUCGAUGAGGCCAACCAGGAUUCGUUGAACGAUUACAUCCGUAGGCAUACGCCGCAGGGUGUGCACUUUGCCAUGGCCGAUGGUGGCUUUUCGGUGGAGGGGCAGGAGAACAUCCAGGAGAUCCUCUCCAAGCAACUGUACCUCUGCCAGUUUCUCACCGCCCUGAAGAUCCUGCGGGAGAACGGCAACUUUGUGUGCAAGGUGUUCGAUCUGUUCACGCCGUUCAGCGUGGGACUGGUGUAUCUGAUGUACAAGUGCUUCCAUCAGAUAUCGAUCAUCAAGCCAAACAGCAGUCGGCCGGCCAACUCGGAGCGGUAUCUGGUGUGCAAGUACAAGCGUCCGGAGGCGGAUAUUGUCGGCAUAGUUGGUUACCUCAACGCCAUAAAUGUCAUCAUCAACGAGGAGUAUCCGCAGGACAGCGAACUCGACAUCCUGGAGGUGUUCAACGCCACCGAACUGGCGGAGGACGAGGACUUUGUGCGCUACAUCAUCGAUUCGAACAACUCGAUUGGCAAGAAACAGAUCGUCGGCCUGAAAAAGAUAGCCGCCUUCGCCCAGAAUCCCGAGCUGAAGGAGACCCGUCAGUCGGAGGUGCGUCAGGAGUGCCUGAAGCGCUGGGGCCUGCCCGACAAGCUGCGCCAGGCGCCCGAGAUCAAGCCCACGGACCGAUUGCUGGAGGAGCUGCUGGCCGACUGGGGCAAGGAUCGCAACUGGCUGAAUCAGCCGCCCGCAGAGAUGACCAGCCGGGCCAACCUGCAAACGGCCAUACAGAACGUGGCCGACUGGUACUUUGUGCCCGUGGGCCGCGAGGAGACCAACAUCAAUGCCUGCACCAUGUUCCUGUGCAAGUCGCGCGGCAGCCUGAUGCGCUACACGGAGCACAAGAAGUGGGAACUGGUCGAGGCGGCCUUCGAGGUGCAGCCCCGCUCCAUAUUCUUUGGCCAGAUCGUGUACGAGUUCUAUGGCGAGGGCAGGACCAUCCAGCGGGUGGCGGCCCUACACAUCAUCGAUGGCAUCUGCCUGGGCGGCAUUGAUAUUCGGCGCAAGCCGUUCCGCGAACGGGUCAGCAUGUGCGACAAGUUCGCCCGGAGCCUGAACAAGCCGUAUCGCAAGGAUCGCACCUGCGGACCGUUGCGCAGCAAGCCCUUCUUCCGGCUGCAGGAUAUGGGCAACUUCUUUGCCGAGAUGCGGCUCUACGUCCUCAAGGAUAAUUCACAGCGCUUCGGGUAUGCCCUGGAGGACAACAAGUUCUUUGUGCCCGGCGGCAUAUUGAUGUUCUGCGAACUAACCCCCCACUAUGUGACCGCCAAAUCGAAGUCCCGCGGCCAGCUGUACUACUUCAAUACGGCCAACCGGGAGGCGUAUUUCACGGAUCAAGUACAGCCCAAUAAGGCGGCCGAGAUCUUCGCCUCGUUCCGUAACAAUUAUUUGCGCCGCCUGCUCUGGAAGUGGACGAACCUGCGCCAGGUGGAGGAGCACGCCACCGACGAGAAUCCAAAGAUCCUGUUCCGCAGCGACUUUAUGCGUUUUAUUGCGGAAAAGCUUGGCCAUUGAUAGGCAAAACACAAUCGUAGGCUUAGGUUCAAAUGCACAUACUAGUAGUACUGUGUUUGAUUUUUUUUUUUUCCUCCCGAAUGGUAGAGCCCGCCCCCCCUUGCAUUGUAAAUCCCCCCCAGAGUAUACAUACAUCCUCGCACAACCCUUGACAAUGAGGCCCCAAACCUUACAUAUAUAUAUAUGCACAUUUUUCCUGAAUUUCCGGAUUUUUCCAGGAAUUUUCACUGCAGAUCCUGCCCAUUACUUAGCCAACAUAAGUAUCCGACGAAAUGUCUGCAGGAACUGGGAUUCAUUUUAGAACUAUAAUAAUGCCUUCAUUUAUUAUUUCUAUUUUGUUUCUGACAAUUAUUAAGAAUUAAUCAUUUGAGUGUGUAAACUGUUCUAAUUCUAAAGAUCUUAAGCAACAAAAAAAAAUCAACAAAAACUGUA